CUGUACUUAUUACCAACAGUGUGUUUACCAUUCUUUGCGGCAGUUCCACAUGAGAUCAGAGCACGGGGAAGUGCAGCAGAGUUGGCCUACAAAUUUGCCCUCCUAGAAGGAAAGGUGAAAGUCUGCCGUGCUCGACUGCUGAUCAUUGGCCAGGACAGAGCAGGGAAAACCAGUCUAAAAAAGUCCCUGAUUGGCCUACCUUUUAAUCCUGAGGAACCCAGCACGGAAGUUCUGGAGAUGAAUUCAUCAAAAUUGGAGGUCAACAUUGAGCAGGUGGUGGAAUGGAAAGCUAUCAGUGAUGAUAAUGAAGUUGAACCGGUUCGACCACAGGAUUUGAGUAUCGCCAGACUGGUUGCUGAGAACAUGAUGCAGAGGAAGGAAAACAGUGAAGGUCAGAUGUCACCAGAGAAGGAGAAGGAGAUGGACUAUGAAAAAGGUGUUGCUGGACCAGCUCAACCAAAUGGUACAGUGCCAGCCAUUGACAAUCCCUCUGCUGUGCCCAGUCUUACACAAGAAGUCAGCACCAACAAAGACUUGGUUGAUGGUUUUCAGGAAAACCUUCCCCAGAAGCCAAAGAUUACCAUGCCAAAAGAACUCGCCCCACUUGUUACAGAGUGCCUUAAAAGCCCAAACACACCAAGCAGCCCUGAUAGUGCAGCAGAAACUGUUCUAGAUAUCUGGGACUUUGCUGGUCAGCACCUCUACUAUGCCACACAUCCCAUAUUCUUCUCUCACAGAGCCAUCUAUCUUCUUGUUCAUAACCUGCAGAAAAACCCAAAUGAUCUUGCAGAACCUUCAUUUAAAUGUGGAGAUGACAUAAUGCCAUUGCAGAACUUCUCUAAUGAGACGAAUCUGGAUAUGUUGUUGUCUUGGCUGGUGUCUGUACACAGUAUACGUAGACCCCAGACAGAUCAAAAUUUUGUUGAGACAUGCAAGUCGAAACUGCAUUGCCUUCCACCUCCUGUCCUUGUGGCAGGGACUCAUGCUGAUCAAGUGUCAGCCAAACAAAUGAAUGAAGUUGAAUCUCAGAUUGCAUCAAGCGUAAAAGGAAAAACAUACCAGGAACACGUGCUGGGACCAUUUUACAGGGUAGACAACACACAGUCGUCAAAUUCGCCCGCUGUGAAAGAGAUACAAACAAGAGUUCAGCAACUGAUGUCAUCUGGAUUGAACUCAACUGCAGACCUGCCCGUGAAGUGGUUCAACUUUGAAAAAGCUGUGAAGAGGUUGGCAAGUGAAAAGUUUUUCAUGACGUUUGAGGAAAUUGGCCAAGUUGCAAAGCAAGAGUGCUUCAUUGAUGAUGACAAGCAGCUCGAUGCCAUGUUGAAUUAUUACCAUGAUCUGGGUCUGAUUGUACGAUUCAGUGACACAGUUGUUCUUAAUAUUCAGUGGCUCAUCAAUCUCUUUAAAAAGCUUAUCACCACAUGCCCUUUUCAAGAACAGGACCCUGUUGAUCGGAAGUUAUGGCAAGAGCUUGAAAACACUGGCAUCCUCCAUAUGCAGCUGAUUAACAAAGUAUUUGAAGAUUUGCAUGGCAGCGGAAAGGAAGCAUUGCAGCGAAGUGUUCUAGACAUGAUGGAGAAGUAUGGUUUUCUAGCCAAAUUUCACCACCACCACUCUAACAGCACUGAAAUCAAGUACUUUUUUCCAGCACAACUGCGCGUGUCGCAUCCAGAGCUCUGGAAAUUAACACCACAGGAGAGUGACCCCUGUUCCCUCAUUUUCAAUUUCUGCAAUGGAUUUGUCCCUCAUGGCUUGUUCCCACAGCUAGUUUCUCAUCUAAUUACACUUUUCCCAAAGCUGGAAUGCACUAAACACCCCAAAUUGUACUGCAAUGGUGCUCACUUUUUGUUAGGAAAGAAAAGCCAAUUUGAUCUUGUUCUUCUGUGCAGCAAGCAUUGCAUUAAGCUGGUAUUUAAGGGCUAUGACACUGACAGUGAGCAAGUGGCUGGGAACUCUCUGGCCGUCCAAGUGAGGACAUUAAUUGAACAAGAACUGGAACGUUUAUGCAAGCAGUGGCACUGGCUUGGGAAUGUGCACUAUGAUGUUUGCAUUUCUUGUUCUGCAUGUGAGUCUUCUUCUGCCACUCAGUGUAAACGGCACAAAUCAGCAUCGUGCUUGGAUCAAGACUGCAUGCACCUGUUACCCAUUUCGUCUGUGGUCAAUGAACCAGUUACUUUGUUUACUUGUCCAGAGCAAGUUGGGGAGCAUUCCAGGUUCACACUAACUAAUCUGCACAAGUGGUAUUCCAGCAGUACCUCAGAGGAAAAGCCUCCAGCUCUUGACCAACAACUAGCAAGAAUAGCAGAUGUUGACAUCAUAACUUUGGCAGGCGAGAUCCCAGUAAAGUGGAAGGUUAUUGGUCGACUGUUGGGUCUUGAAGAUAGUCAUAUUUCUCAAAUUGAGAUAGACAAUAAGGAUUAUGUGUAUGAACAAUGCUAUGCUAUGUUGAAUGCUUGGAAAAUGAACCAACCAGAUUCAACUGCAACUUGUGAACAGUUAAAAAAGGCAUUGAGUCAUGAAGUUGUCAUGAAAAAGGACCUAGUCCCAAGGUUUUGCUAUGUGAAUAAUUAACUGGCUGAAAAUAGCACUGAUUCAAUAGCCAUACCUAAGAUAUACCUUUAAAUCUGAUGAAUAAAUAAAAGAGAGGGUCAGAGUAUGGUUUAUCAUAUUCCAAACACAAAGAGUAGAGUUGAAAAUAUGGAAUGCAGCAGAGUAUUUUCACUGAUCAUUUUGUAAGUAGAAGUCUUAGGAUAUUUUGAGUUUUUAGAGGAAAUUGGAUGAAACAAUCUCGACUGUCAUUAACGCUUCUCGAUUGAAACUAAAACAAGAAAUAAAGAGAUAUAAAAUUUGUUAAAUCUCACAUAUAUUAUGUAAAUUCAGAUCUUAAUCAGAGAUAAUUAAAACUGCUGGGGUGGUGGGGGUAGGGGUGGGGGGAGAAGGUUACCUAAUAGGCAGUCUGGGUUUGGAGUUAUUGAACUGAGGUCUUUUGAGUAGAUGUUUUGUAGUUACUAGGUAAAUUAUGUGUGGAGGAUUUUGGUGACAGCUUUUUAGGCAGUUGACAAAACAAAAUAACAAAAGGCUCUCAUUCAAUUCUGAAGGAUAGCAAAUAGAUUUUGCUAAAUGGAAACAGGCAAAGUACAUUGCAGUAAUGUUUGGUAUUCCCUCACGUCCAGAUACCCUAAUUUUAUGUCUAAUACACUGUAUGUACUCCAGUCCAGAAUGUUUGUAAGAGUGUAGAUAUAUUUAAGCACUAGCUAGACAAAUGUAAUGUUUACUUGUAGAAAUAGAAACAGGUAAUAAAAUGACCAAAAUGUCUAAUACUUGACUUCA